AUGAUCACGUCGGUUUCAGUGAGGUUAUUCUGCUUGAAGAUUGCGUUGAGCUCAUCGAGGCUUUGGUCUGGUUUGGGGAGCUUUCCUGCUACCCGCGAUCUCUGCGAGAUCAGGCCGUCCAAGCGACCUAAUUCCACGGCGAACGACGGCCCUCCGGUCUGGUUCCCAGUUGGAAAAAGGAAAAACAUUACGGAAAUCGAAUCGAGUCCCGGGUCUGAGUGUGGAGGAUGAUGAGCAGGGAAGGAGGAGGCGGCUUACGAGGACGACGACGUCUCUGGUGGCGAGGGCGAGAAUGUCAGCGCAGGAGACUACGCCGGGGCAUCUGCUCUCCACGGCGGUCUUGGCCUUGACGACUGUGUCGAACCCGUCUCCGGCGAGGGAGAUGUUCUCAUCGGCGUCCUUUUCGGCGUCGCCGUUUGGCGAGGCGAUUAUCACCGAAGCGUCGCAUCCCUGCGAGAUUUUUCACCGUCGAUGUGAUUUCAGAUGAGGAACUCUUCGUGUUGGAUGAGCCGAAUUGUCGACAUCUGGAUCAAUCAACCUCACGGUUGUGGGAUCAGACCUUCCGACGUUUACUCGUAAGGGUUGUUGAACUCGUAAGAGCUCUCUCUCUCUCUCUCUCUCUCUCUCUCUCUCUCUCUCUCUCUCUCUCUCUCUCUCUCUCUCUUCUCUCUCUCUUUUCUCUCCCUCUCCAUCUCUCUCUCUCUGACACACACACAGACACACACACACAAAGAAAAUGUAUCUACGAUCUUCGUGGGUCUGCACCCCAGUGGCAACGAUGUGCUACGGGAUGUGUAGAUGAUCGAAGCGUACCUCGACGAAGCAGUCGUGGAAGAAGAGUCUGAGCGUGGCCGGGACGGUGACAAAGGUCUGGACGAACUUCUUCCGCACCUCCUCUCUCACUAUGGACUCAACGUCGGGACAGGUCGAGGCGUAGAAGUCAGGCCUCAGCUGGGAUUCUACUUUCCCGGCAGCCAUCAGCAGCAGUACCGCCAGAGACAACAGUCUGCUCCAUGA